AAACUCCUAAACGACCGGCACGCCCUCCUCGUUCGACGUGGCGACAAUCUAAAUUUCUGUUUUUUCACAGAUUGCGUAGAAAUUUCAACAGAUUAUCUGGAAUUUUCUCCAUUGUGUGAGCAAAAUAAAACCGAGUGAACUUUAUUUGAUUUUGUCAAGUGUUCGUAUUGCAAAUUAUUGUUCUGUGUCACUGAAAAGUAUUUCGCUGAGCGAGAAGGAAGAAUUUGGAAAGGUCAACAAAGAUGUCGUACUCAUUUGAGCAAUUUUCCCGGAAUAUGGGAAUGAAAAUUGAAGCCCCCGUUCGUACGCACCUGGCCAAGGUGUAUUGCUGUCUGUCUGCAACGACUGCUGUGGCAGCUAUUGGGGCACUUGUUCACAUCUGGGGCAUUUGGGAGGCGGGAAUUCUCAGUGCUCUGGCUUCACUGGGACUCCUGUUGGCACUGCACUUCACAAGGGACAAUGGGAAGAAUAUGGCUACGCGUCUGGGAUUGCUGAUGGGCUUUGGUUUCUGCACAGGUCACUCCAUGGGACCACUUCUUGACCACGUCAUUAUGCUCAAUCCACAGAUCAUUGUGACAGCUCUUGUGGGCACGAGUGUGGUGUUUGUCUCCUUCACAGCUGCCGCUCUGCUCGCCCGUCGAGGACAGUAUUUGUUCCUCGGUGGGCUCCUGCUAAGCAUCAUGAGCUACAUGGCCCUAUUCAGUCUCGUGAAUCUCUUCUUGCGCUCCAGUCUCGUCUAUCAGAGUCAACUCUACAUCGGACUGGGCGUUAUGUCGGCUUUCAUCCUCUACGACACUCAAGCCAUCAUGGAGAAAUGUCGCAUGGGCAACAAGGAUUUCGUGGCACAUUCCCUGGAUCUCUUCUUCGAUCUGGCCAGUGUGUUCCGUCGUCUCCUCAUUAUUCUUUCGCAGAAGGAGCAACGUGAUCAGCAGCGUAAGAAGCGAAAUAACUAAAAGCUAAACCUCCUUUUACUACCCCCCUCCUAAAUCCUGGCCAAAGGUAAAUCCCAGGAAGUAUCACCUCCCCAAGUGAGUAAUAUUAAAUAAAAUUAUUUUAUGUGGGCAUUUUGUGUAUAAAAAAAAUAUUGUUUUGGAAAAGCAGCAAAAAAACGUGAGUGAGAGUGGGAAGGGUGAAGAUAUUUUUUUGUUUGUUUUCAGGAGAUAAGAGAUCACUGAAGAGAGAAUAAUCCAUAUUUUAAUAAGUUAUUGUAUAAUGUAAUUUGAAAUAAAAAAAAAGGAAAAGAAAAAUUCAAUUCGUGAACUCAAUAUACAAUGAAAUAUGGUGUUAUAUUAUUAAUUCAAUAAAUCAAUAUACUUGUGUAUA